AUGUAUAUCUAUCCCGUCUCAGUCAAUAUCUAUCUAUAUCUAUCCCGUCUCAGUCAAUAUCUAUCUAUAUCUAUCCCGUCUCAGUCAAUAUCUAUGUAUCUAUCUAUAUAUCUAUCUCAGUUAAUAUCUAUCUAUCUAUUUAUCCCAUGCAAUAUCUAUCUAUCUAUCUAUCUACCGCGUCUCAGUCAAUAUCUAUCUAUCUACCGCGUCUCAGUCAAUAUCUAUAUAUCUAUCUAUCCCGCCUCAGUCAAUAUCUAUAUAUCUAUCUAUCCCGUCUCAGUCAAUAUCUAUCUAUCUACCUAUCUAUCUAUCUAUUCCUCAAUAUCUAUCUAUCUAUUCCGUCUUAGUCAAUAUCUAUCUAUCUAUUCCGUCUUAGUCAAUAUCUAUCUAUCUAUCUAUCUAUUCGUCUUAGUCAAUAUCUAUCUAUCUAUCUAUCUAUUCGUCUUAGUCAAUAUCUAUCUAUCUAUCUAUCUAUCCCAUCUCAUUAAUAUCUAUCUAUCUAUCUCAACUCAGUUAAUAUCUAUCUAUCUACCCUAUCUCAGUCAAUAUCUAUAUAUCUAUCUAUCUAUCAUGUCUCAGGCAAUAUCUGUCUAUCUAUCCCGUCUCAGGCAAUAUCUAUCUAUCCAUCACGUCUCAGGCAAUAUCUAUCUAUCUAUCCCAUCUCAGUCAAUAUCUAACUAUCUAUCUAUCCCGUCUCAGUCAAUAUCUAUUAUCUAA